AUGAGUACAGUAUUACCUACCAUUGUUCACACACAACAACCGAAACAACGACGAAUAUCGACAAUAACAAAAAAUUCAAGAGGACAAGUGGUACGAGUAAUAGUAGUAUCAAAUAAUAAGAACAAUCAAGUAACAACCGAUGGUACGAAUGAUACAAGCGAUCAACAACGGAAUGGAAUUAUAAAAAAACCGUAUAACAAAGAACGACAACAACAACAACAACUACAACUGAAAACAUUACUAAAUCAUAGUGUAACAAGAAAAAACGCUAUGGUCAAUGGUGCUAGCAAUAAACUACAAAAUCCAGAUACAGUGACACCACUAAAUGGUUCAAACUCAACAAGAGCCAACUCAAGUGAAAGUGGUAGAAUCGCAAGAAAAUUGUGGUGGAGUCCUAAACGACAUGAAAUUCAAGUAAAAUCAGAAGAUACUAAAUAUCAAAAUAUUGGACCAAAAGUGGGCAGUCUAGCUAAUAUCAACUAUAAACCCGGUGGCGGAAAUGUGGUUAUCAGUGGCGACAAACCGAAAUGGACAGCGAAUGCUAAAGUAAACUCAUUACAAAAUGCCAAUUGGUCACCACCAUUACCACGAAUAGCGGUAAAAAGCGAAAAAUUGACUUGGAAUGCUGAGCCAAAAAUUGGCUCAAUGGCAAAUAUUAAUUAUCGACCUGGCGGUGGUUCGAUAUCGAUUCGCGAUGAACAGUUGGAUUUUCGUGACAAAGCGACACCACGCGUAGACUGUGGGUUUGUUGACGACAAAUGA